UUCCCGUCGUCCCAAUUUGCAUUCAAUCAUUUUAAAGAGUUUUUGUUAGUGUAAUAAGACCCUUUUCGUUCGGAUACUUUGCUUAGUUGAGGCUUGUGAGUCUUAAUUUUGGCAUUCCAGGCUACGGCUCAUGUAAUGACAUUUCGACAAUUAUUUAUAUGACGCAAAGCAUACAACGAACGAAGGGCCGACUUAUUUUCCAUGGUCGUGAAAUUAAAAAUACAUUUCAUUUGGCAUAACGAAAAAAAAAUAUUGUUUAUUUUCAUAUUUUGAACUGGUGUUUUUUUUGUGGUUGCAGUUGUCUAAAAUAUGUAAUCUAAAACUUGAUUUUUUUAAACUUUAUUAAAACAAUAUCUUUAUUUUUAUUUGUGUAAGUAAAAUAAGCUAAAAAUGUCUGAUCCGACGAUUCAAACAUUUUGCUGCCAUCAUACUGGAAAUACGGAAGAUAUUGCAGUAAAAAUUAUGAAUGAAUUUAAUACCGAUUCUUACAACAUUGUCUGUCUUGUUUCUUCUAUUAUUGGUAUUUUUGGAUCACUCUACCAGAUUUAUCCUCGAAACAAACAAAAAGAAUUUCAAAGUGGGCCAACUUCAGCAUCAACUCAUGGCCAAUGGAUAAUAUUUUGGCUGGCUGUAGCAGAUUUAUUUGCUUCUUCUGGUGUAUUGAUUCGUUCUUCGCUCUGGUUAAGAUAUAAAAACAUAAUGCCUAUGCCAGAUGAUGAUGUUAGUGUAUUAUUUUGCAGCUUAAUAUCUGCAUGGACUCAAUACUUUUACACCGCUACUUGGUUUUGGACUCUUUUCUAUGCAAUCGACACCAGGCACACUAUUCAAGGACGUGAUUCACAUCCUUUACUUUAUCAUUCCUUUGCAUGGGGACUGCCUGCAGCAACAACAAGUUUUGGCCUAUCAAUAUUAUACAUCCCAAAUGCUACUUGCCAUAAUUUGUCAUCAGUAUCAAGUGCUCUGUACAGAAUCUUACCUAAUUAUUGUGCCACUUAUGUACCAAUAGCAAUUGUGAUGAUAGUCAAUCCUGUCAUUUAUAUUUUAGCAAGUAAGGACAUAGAAAUGGCUGUAGCUUUUCCUCUCGCUCAGUUCACAAGCCGAGAAAGAAGGGUCAUAGAUACAUUAAGACUGAAGUUUUUGCUUAUAAACGUCGUAUUCUAUGUUUGCUGGUUACCAAAUUUGAUAAAUGGUAUCUUGAUAUGGACUAUGUGGUUCAAUAUACCAGUGAAAGCGAUUAUAACUACAUGGUAUAUAAUGGCUCUACUGAAUCCAAUGCAAGCUUUGCUUAAUGCAUUAGUGUAUAGAAAAUGGAAUUCAAACAACAAAAUUUUUACGCGGUCUUCGUCUGUAAAAGAAAACAUAAAGGAUUUUAAUUUUUUUCACGAGCAAUCGCCUUUGCUUGGUUCGGAGCCCUCUCGUCUACAACUAUCUCCUAUACCACCUAGCAUUAAUACUUAUGCAACAUUGUGAUACCGUUGCUAAAGUUACUAAAAUAUUGAAAUCGUUACCACGAUUUUUGUAAAUAUUAGUGUGCACGUUUGUGUGAUAUGUCAAAAAUAAUAUUUAUAUGACUAGUAAAGACUUUAUUUUUAUAAAUCAUA